AUGGUCACAGUCGAACGCGAGCUCUCCGGUUUCAAGCCUGCGCAGCCGGGUCCGCCCUCGUCCGAGUCCACCGAGUUCAAGCUGGUCUCAGGCCCGGACGCGACCUUCGCCGACUUUGAGUACACGCUCACCUUUCCACUACCGAACGCGGUCCGUGUGACUCUAACGGGCCCCGACCGUCCUGCCCCACCGCACGACAAUGUCAUCCUACAAUACGAGCCGCUACCUUUCAAUGUCAAGAUCGACGGGUGUGAUGCAACCAUACCCUUCCCUCCAACUGGGAAGGAUGGAGCACGCCGGCGGGAGCUACGCCUCAAUUGGGAGGACAGUAUCCUCCUCUCUAUCUGGGAGGAGAUUGAGGGGUCCUGGGUGCGCAUUGCUGGUGAUUUACCAUCGCGCUCCUAUGCGCUCACGGAACAUGGGGUUAUGCGGCACUGGUGGCUCGAGAAAGAUAACGUCCAUCUCGGGAUGGGGGAGAAGGCCGCGCCGCUCGACCUGACUGGCCGGAGCUUUCGGUGUGAUGGAUCUGACUCGGCUGCGUACGACGCGUACGAGACCGACCCGCUGUACAAGCACACGCCAUUCCUCGUGUCCACGCCCCGCGCCGUUUCAGGCAAGCCGACGCCGUCGACGUAUGCCAUCUACCACGCGACAAACUCGAAUGCGCUGUGGGAUAUUGGGCGGCAUCAUGAUGACCCUUGGGGAUACUUCAAGACGUUUACGCAGGACUGGGGCGGCCUUGAGGAGUGGUACCUCCUCGGCGCAGGGGUUAGGGAGGUUACGCGGACAUGGGCUGAGGUCGUUGGCCGUCCUAUGCUCGUCGGGCGUGACUGGCUAGGAUAUUUGGCUAGCGGGAUGGGUCUAGGCGAGAGUGACGAGCCGAUCGCGCAGGACCUCCUCGCUGCCUUCCCAGACGACUGUAGGAAGUACGGCAUUCCGUGUUCGGCAAUUCACUUCUCCUCGGGAUAUACUGUGGGCGAGGACGGGAAUAGAUACGUCUUCACGAUGAACAAGAAAAGAUACCCCGACUUUAAGGGGCUUGUCGGCGGCCUGCACCGGGCCGGGAUCAAGGUCGUGCCCAACAUCAAGCCUUACAUGCUCACCAGCCACCCGGCCUAUGACAGUGUAUUAAAGGCCGACGGGCUGUUCUACGCCCCAUUGGCCAAGGGACCGGUAGUCACGAGAAUCUGGAGCUCGGGCGUCGGCGUGAAUGGCAAGGGGUCUUGGGUGGACAUGACGAGCGCCCCGGGUCGGGAGUGGUGGGCAGCCGGUGUCAAGUCGCUGAUCGACCUCGGCGUCGAUGGCAUGUGGAAUGAUAACAACGAGUAUUAUCUGCACGACGACGAGUUCUUGGCGGCCAACGUUUUCCCACACCCCCUCCGCCAGCCGGCUAUGGCGGGUAAGGCAAAGUUGGGAGCGCUGGGGCGCAUGGUCAAUACAGAAAUGGUGGCCAAGGUAUCGCAUGAUACGCUCCUCCGCUCUCAUCCCGAGCGACGGCCGUAUGUCCUCACGCGGUCGGCCAACGUCGGAGCCCACAAGUAUGCCUGCGGUACAUGGACAGGCGAUAACUGGACGAGCUGGAAGAACCUGCGUGGCAGCCAGGCGAUCCAGCUCAACUGCGGCAUCAGCUUGAUGCAGAGUACUGGCUCGGAUAUUGGGGGAUUCGGGGGACCGCUUCCUUCUCCAGAGUUGUUUGUGCGCUGGGUACAGCUUGGAGUCACGCACGCGAGAUUCUGCAUCCACGCAUUCAAGCCGACACCCGACGAUCCGUCUGGUGCGAGCCAGACAAACCUGCCUUGGAUGUACCCCUCCGUCCUCCCGGUCAUUCGGGACGCGAUAAAAUGGCGAUACGAGUACCUUCCGUUCUUCAACUCUCUCAUGUGGGGGAGUCACGAGGAUGCGGAGCCGACCAACGCCUGGCUUGGGUGGGGAGAUUUCGCCUCGGAUCCAGAGGUGUACACGGACGAAACCUUGAAUGGGGUUGACGCGUGGAUCGGCGCUGGACAACUCCUCUCCGUGCCUGCCCUCCAUGAGGGGGAGCUGACGCGCACUGCCUACCUCCCGAAGGCGAGUGCCGAGGAUGAUACCAUCUACUUUGACCUCCAUGCGCCGUAUGGUCAGCACCGCGCAGGUACGCGGGUGACGCUCGCCACGCCGCUUGAGCACAUGGGUCUCCUGGCACGCGAAGGAGUCGUUAUCCCCACCGGCAAGAAUUACCAUACGGUCACGCAGCGCGAGGGUCCGGCCCGGACGACGCCGGACGGCGUCGACGUCCAACUCGAUGAGGAGGGAGGCGUGGUCGGGCUCGACGAUUGGCGCGGCGUGCAGAUCUUCCCCACUACGGGUAAGUACGCGGGCCGCUGGAUUGAGGACGAUGGGAUUUCAGCCGAGCCGGGCCGAGCUGUCAUCGAACUCACGUACGAGGGUGGGGAGGAUGUCGUCGUGUCGGCCAAAUUUGCCGAGCACGACUUCAAGCCGCUCUGGGGGAACACGCUGCAUGUCUUCCUCCCGGUUGGGGACGAGCGUGUUGUUCGUGGCGCAGAGACUGUCAGUGUGAAUGGGCGUUCGGCGUGGCUCGUGGACGUGAGUUCGCCGGGAACGUGGGUGAAAGUAUAA